GGUAACACUAGUCAAGGGCCAGAUAGGAAUGUUUCAAAAGUAUUUAAAUAAGGAGAGAAUCUGUGAAAAAUCUUAUUCCCAUACAGUAUAUGUUUCUGAACAUCCAUUUAUUUUUCUUUGAGGUUGUUUUCUUUAGCAUUAGUCGUGAAGAGUGGUUAAUGUGUAAAAAUAGUGACAUGCUGCUAUUGGAAAUAAAUUACAUUGUGCAUUUUCCUGUAUUUCAGCGAGUGACCAGAUUGCUACAAAGGGACUGCGUUUAUAAAUUUCACUUCCCCUUACUUGGGAAACCACCAGUUUUUAUCCAAACUAUAGCAAAUGUUUUAUUUAGGCAAAUCUGUUUGAAACUAAACUAUACUUUUCAGGCCUCUCACAGAUUUGUGACUUAAGAAAAAAAAAUUAAGAAAGAAAGAAUUGGGCUACUGAUGGCAAUUCCCUGGACCUGGCUGUAUUUUGUGCAGCAGCAGCAGCAGCUUUCCUUGGGGCAGACCUGUGUCCAUGCGCAUCCCAGCCUUUGCCUGCCGCAGAGCAGACCCCAUCCUGUAAGGGAGAGCCUGAGGAGCUGGUGUGCUCCCGGAAACUUUCAUGUCUGCACGUGUGUGUGUGCCAGGGAGGGGGGAGAGGGGAGAGAGGGAGACCUAGCGCGAAGGAGAGUAAGGGAGGAAGGCAGGGGAGAGAAGGGAGCUUGCUUCAUGCGCUGCUGAAGGCUGUCAGGAGCAGACCGUACAAGCAGUGCACUGGCUGGUGUGCAACUGAAGGGACAACGUUCAUUGACUCUAUUCAUUGAAUUGCUGAAGGACAGAUAUGACAUCUAACUGCUGCUUCUAUAUGUUCUUACUUGUUGGUACCAAGGUCAUCCGUGACUCUUUGGAAGAUCGUGUUUCUGGAGUUGGGGUCAGGUGCCCCCUGGGCUACUUUCCAUGUGGCAAUAUUACAAAGUGUUUGCCCCAACAACUUCACUGUAACGGUGAGGAUGACUGCGGGAAUCAGGCCGACGAAGACAACUGUGAAGACAACAAUGGAUGGUCUCUGCAAUUUGAUAAACAUUAUACGAAGGACAAAUACAAUAAACUGAAAUAUCUUUAUGCAUUCCAGACAAAGACAUCUGAGUGCUUGGCUGGUGCUGUGCCAGCAGAGUGUAUCUGCAAAGGGCUGGAGAUCACCUGCGAUGCUGCCAAAUUGCGUGCUGUCCCGUCAGUCUCUUCAAACAUAACUAUAAUGUCUCUUCAGAAGAAUCUCCUAAGGAAACUUUCUGCUGACGUUUUCAAGAAAUACCAAAACCUUAAAAAUCUGUAUCUUCAGAAUAAUAAAAUCAGAGCUGUAUCUGAACGUGCUUUUAAAGGUUUAUACAACUUGACAAAACUAUACCUGAGUAACAACAAGUUAACCAGUUUGAAGCCUGGUGUCUUUGAAGAUCUCCACAAGCUUGAAUGGCUGAUAAUUGAAAAUAAUAGGAUAAAUCGGAUCUCUCCAUUAACAUUUUAUGGACUCAAAUCACUUAUUCUCCUAGAGAUGAUGAAUAAUUCUCUUGCUCGUUUGCCUGAUAAACCUCUGUGCCAACAUAUGCCAAGACUAAGCUGGCUAGACCUCGAAGGCAACCAUAUCCAUCAUGUAAGAAAUGUCACUUUCACCUCCUGCAGCACUCUAACUGUACUGGUGAUGAGACGAAAUAAAAUCAGCUCUGUAAAUGAAAACAGCUUUUCUUCUCUCCAGAUGUUAGAUGAAUUAGAUUUGGCUAGCAACAAGAUUGAAUCGCUUCCUCCGUAUAUAUUUAAGGAUCUAAAGGAACUUUCACAACUGAACCUUUCUUACAACCCAAUCAAGAAAAUGCAAAUAGACCAGUUUGAAUUUCUAAUUAAACUCAAAUCCCUCAGCUUGGAGGGCAUUGAAAUUGCAAACAUCCAGAGGAGAAUGUUCAGACCCCUGAGGAACCUUUCCCACAUCUAUUUUAAGAAAUUCCAGUACUGUGGAUACGCCCCUCACGUGCGCAGCUGUAAGCCCAAUACUGAUGGGAUUUCAUCCCUUGAGAAUCUUUUAGCUAGCGUCAUACAGAGAGUGUUUGUCUGGGUUGUAUCUGCCAUCACCUGCUUUGGAAAUAUUUUUGUUAUCUGCAUGAGGCCUUACAUCAGAUCAGAGAAUAAGCUCCAUGCCAUCUCAAUAAUGUCUCUCUGCUGUGCUGACUGUCUGAUGGGAAUAUAUUUAUUUGUGAUUGGAGCUUUUGAUCUUAAAUAUCGCGGAGAAUACAACAAGCACGCUCAGUUGUGGAUGGACAGUAUUCAUUGUCAAUUGGUGGGAUCGCUGGCUAUUCUGUCUACAGAGGUGUCAGUCUUACUGUUGACCUACCUGACUUUGGAAAAAUACAUCUGCAUAGUUUAUCCUUUUAGGUGUUUGAAGCCCAGAAAAUGCAGGACAAUUUCCAUUUUAUUUCUUAUUUGGAUAAUUGGGUUUGCUGUUGCUUUUAUCCCGCUGAGCAAUAAGGAGUUUUUCAGGAACUACUAUGGCACCAACGGCGUCUGUUUUCCUCUUCACUCAGAACAAUCAGAAAGUUCAGCAAGUCAGGUUUAUUCUGUUGUCAUUUUUUUAGGUGUAAACUUGGCAGCUUUCAUCAUCAUUGUGUUUUCCUACGGGAGUAUGUUCUACAGUGUUCACCAAACAGCUAUUACAGCUACUGAAAUUCGGAAUCAUAUUAAAAAAGAGAUGAUCCUGGCUAAACGCUUUUUCUUCAUUGUAUUUACUGAUGCACUAUGUUGGAUACCCAUUUUUAUUUUGAAACUCCUUUCUUUACUUCAGGUAGAAAUACCAGGUACCAUAACUUCUUGGGUGGUGAUUUUCAUACUGCCAAUAAACAGCGCUUUGAAUCCUCUUCUCUACACUUUAACUACACGACCUUUCAAAGAAAUGAUUCACCAGGUUUGGUAUAAUUACAGACAAAGAAGAUCCAAAAGAGGUAAAGGCAGUCAGAAAACGUAUGGUCCAUCAUUCAUUUGGGUAGAGAUGUGGCCAAUGCAUGAAAUCACGUCAAAGCUAACGAAGCCGGUGCUUUGUACAGACUCCUCUGACACUUCGGUGACUACACAGUCAACAAGACUAAAUUCAUACACGUAAAUACAUUUUGCGUGUUCGCGGUGACAUCUACACUGUUAGCGUCAUGCCUGUGGGCUUACUGCUUUACAACAAUGCAGAGAAACGAGGGAGGUACGACACCUGGGCCCACGUGAAGCAAAGUGGGAAAAACUGCAGGUAGAACGGACACAACGAUAAUUUUACCAUCUCACAGCAGGAACUGACAUGUUGACAACUCAUCCUAGAUCAGAAUGAGAAGUUGGCUGGGUUUUUUUUCCUCCCGGAAACCAGGAGUGCAGGAAAAAAAAAAAAGAAUUGUCAAUUCAAACAUCUCACCCUGGAAGAAGAUUGUUUCAAAAUCAUCUAUCUUGAGGGGGGGGAAAAAAGGUUAUUUUCAUUAGUUUUUUUUAAUUCCCCAUUUCAACAGCUGACAUUUUUUUUAAGGGUUGAUUGGUUUCCUUAUUGAGAAUUUUAUUUUCUCCUAAAAAUUUCUGACUGGCUCUAUUUAGGCUGCAUCAGCUCUCAAAAGCUUUAGUGAGCAAUAGCCCUAAGAAAAAUAAUUUAAAUUUCAUAAUUAGACCAGUUUAUUAUAUUAGUCAAAUACAAAUAAGUGAAAAUUUUAUCCCUUCUAAAAACUUACCAACUAUUUCACUCAUGUAAAGACAAUCCUGAAAUUCUAUCAAUUUUUCUAAUUCAGGCAGAACCAGAACUGUGGGAAAGAAAAAAAAAAAAAAGCUAGGUUUUUUUCUCAACUGAGUGUCCCCCAGCUAUAGCUGGUGGAAGUUUCCCCCUUCAGAAAACCAUCAUUCCCUGGAAAGACUGGACUGAGUACCCCAGCAUCUUCACACUGCUCUUUCCCUCAUUGUUUGUUAACAGGCUACCGUAAGUAGCUCCCCAUCACUUGCAGACUUCAAAUUUCAGUCUUCAGAUGUCCGUCUCUGUACAUGGAAUAAUGGCAGCAGCCAAAUAGAAGACUAUCAGUCUUUAUAGGUGUGAUGACAUCUACAUUUUAAUCACCUUGUGCAUCUCAUUGGAUGCAUCACGGUUAAAAUAAUUUAAGAAGCACAGCCAUUCAGGACUUUCUGGGGCAUUGUUUUACUUCCCAAAGUUACAAGGGUAAAAAUAAAAGAUUAUCCCAUCCAAAACAAUCCUCUAGAGGCACUUCCUUUGCAUACGCUUACUGAAGAGAAUCUUUUCCAUUACGAAUUAUCACAAUUUCCCUCAUUCUUUCAGUACCGUGCUCACAAUCCGAUGGCCAAGAAGCCCGCCAAGGUAAAAGAAAUGCUUCUUUUGCAUUGAUGAUUUGAAGUUUUUUUUGAAAUUAAGUUAAAAGGUACUUCCAAUGUUUGCACUUAACUUCUUAACAGCAUAAGAAGUAGAAUUUAAAAAAAGUGUGACUCGCACUUCAACUGUUUACAGAACUUUGGAUUAUCUUGAAAUCAAAGAUUGUUGAGCAUCUUGUUUCCACUACUGCGUGUUUUAUUGAAAUAAAAGAUUAUCUGCUG